AUGACGGUCACCAAAGGUAAGGACAACAUUCCUGGAUGGGAUGGAAACCCUGCGACAUGGACUGAGUAUCGCAAGUCAGCCCAGCUCUAUGAGGAGACGGUUAAGUGGGAAAACCGUUACCUCUGUGGGCCCAGGCUGGCGGCCGAGCUCAGUGGAGCCGCGAAAGCAGCCAUCAGUAGCAAGAGAAAAGGAUGGCUGUCACAUAGCAAUGGAGUGGACAAGCUGUUGCGGUGCUUGCGCAGCAGCAUGUCUGAACCAGCCCUUCCCGAGAUUGCCAACCAGUUGAGAGCAUACUUCAAAGUCCUUCGGCGCCGUCGAGGCGAGUCCAUGGCUGCUUUCUGCGUGAGACAUCGUGAGGAGUAUGCCAAGACAUGCAAGGCCUUGACUAGAGUCAUGAAGGAACGAAAAAUGCUCAAGAAGAAGGACCACAAGACCAAUUGGCAUUCAGAACGUCGACCCUCCCGUUCCUCUGCACUGACCCUCACUGACUCCAGAUCAGAGAGGUCAGGUAGACAGGGGGGCACAAGUGACCUGGCCUCCGAAGGCAUCAGUGGUGACCAGGAUCCCGCUGAAGCAGAUGAGCCACCAGAGGGAGAUGCAGAAGAAGGAGAACGUUGGGAUGAUUAUGAUGACUGGUGGUAUUGGACCACAGGCUGGAUGGAUCCCGCCUGGUACCAAGAUGCUUGGUAUCCUGGAGGAGUCCAGUACCAACCAGAUGAGGAUGAUGAAGACCUGUCUGAAGAUCCAGAAGAAGAUGAUGAGGACUUCGUGGAGAUCCUACCGGAUGUCAUCAAAGGAUGGCUGCUGUUGGAGAAGGCGAACAUUGAUCACCUUGAGCGAUCACUGAUCCAGUCUGAGGUGAAGAACGACUUUAGUCUCCAGGCUGUCGAGUCAGCCCUUCGCAGCCACUUCACCGAUGACAUGAUCCGUCGGAAAGAUGGAGACUCCAGGCAUGCUCUCUAUGGAGACGAGGAGAUGGACCAGGAAGACGAGAUCAACUUUGGCGAUGAGGACGAGGCCUUCUUUGAGACAUUGUCUGAAGAGGACAUGGCCUUCUAUCAGCAAGCCAAAGCUGAUGCCGAGGCGGCCUGGAUGCAAAUCCAACAGGGUCGACAGACCUUGCGAGAAGCGAGGGCCAAACAACAUGAGGUCAGAAUGGGCCGCCGCUUCUUCAACUCCAGCCAUUUUGGCAAAGGAAAAGGCAAGUCCAAUGAUCGAGACCGCUUCCGCGGCAAGGGCAGCAAUUUCACCAAGGGUGGUGGACCGUGCGCCCGCUGCGGCAAGAACCACGACACCAAGGAUUGCCCCCAGAAAUCUCAGAGCUCAGGUGGAGAGCAGAAAACCUUUGAAGCGGAAGAAGUGGAACACUCUGAGUUCAUCUAUGGCCAGACAUGGUGCAGCGAAGAUCCCGUGUGCUUCUCUGGCACUCACAUGAGCACUCAGGAUGCUAUGAUGGCCGGCUAUGGGGUCCUCGAUGGAGGAGCCACCAAGACUAUGGCGUCCAUCAAAGCGCUGGAAUGUCUGAAAGAGAAGUGCAAGGAGAAAGACCACCAAGGCAUCAGCAAGGUGGACUUGAGUGAACAACCCACUUUUGGUUUUGGGAAUAGUCAUCGUGGCCGCUGCGUAUCCACCUGCUACUUCAAGGUGCCCACCAAAGAGAAGCCCAUGAGCCUGAAAAUUCAUGCGCUAGAUCAGGGCAAUGCCCCAGUUUUGAUCUCCGUAGACACUUUGAGGCGUCUAGGUCACUAUCUCUUUCCAGUGAUCAUGGCGACCAACAAGGUGACCACUUGGGGCAACAACGCGAUGAAACCACACUAUCUCAUGAUCAAGUCGGAGUGCUUAGCAGAGUUGGCAGCUUUUGGGCACCCAGUGACGAACCCCAAAGAGUUCACAGUGGCCGAGUUGAAAGUCCUGGUCCGCGAGAACCGCAUUGCGGUCGGACUCAUCAGCGAGACCAAGGGUCAGCAAGAUGUGAUGACCACCAUCAACCAUGCCAAGUUGGACCAGCUCAAGGAGAUGUGCCUCGAACGUGGCAUUCCACUGUGGGAGAAAGCCCGUGUGGGAGACCUUCGUCUCCACCUCAAGCAGUGGAUCAUUCAGAACGGCACAGCCUCGACCACCUACCACUACGGGGGUCGUUGCAACGGAAUGUCCUUCGAGGAGAUUGCUCACACCUCACCGGACUACAUCAAGUGGGCCAUCGAGGAGGUGGACCGGAGCGAGAACCCAGGGUGGCAGCUUCGCCAGUUGGUGCAUUGGGUGACCAGAAUGGAUGUCAAAGAGGAAAUGAUCAACCAAGAGCAUGCACAGAUGCUGAGCGAGAAGUCCCUGGGAGAGAUGAACCAGUUCGUGAACCGCACCAAGAAAAUUCCAGUGGCAGAACCGAACAGCCCAGUGAAGAGCGCCAAGAGCAAGAGCUCUCAGGCGUCCAACGCUUCGGACAUCAAGGAGAUGAAAGAAACUCUGCAGCAAUGGGUCAAGAACAUGACCGAGAUGCAAGAGGAGAUGCGCGAGGCCCUUCAUGAGUGUGGCAAAUGUAUCAUACCUGACGCCUGGGAGGCGUUGAUUUCAAAUGGCCAAGAUCAGAAACUUUUUCUGGUCGAGAUUGCUUGUUCUCAAGACUCUGCGCUGUCCGAAGAGGCUAGGAAACAGCACAUUGGGGGUCUCGUGAUUGCAGAUGCGGCACGUCAUUUGGGUUGUGAUGUGGUCUGGGAAUGGUCACAUGAGAUUCGUCAGUAUUUCGACCAGCAGGGCGUUUUUCCGGACACCAUUCCUGCAGAAGCACACUGGUGUCCUGACAGUGAUGGAAGAGUUUUUUCUGAAAGACUACAUGACCUGCCUAUGGAAUUACUGCAAGACCCAGAAGGAGAAGUGGAGGUAGCACAAAGUUUGAGAAACCAGGCGGAGAAGACUAAGCGAGAUGAGGACAACAACCUACAUCCUACAAGUGUGAUCUGGCUGGUGAGGGGAACUAAACUGGUGAAAGUUGCGGCGGAACAAAUUAGACCCGCAUCCGUGAGAGAACAGUGCCUACAUGAGAUAAACUCUCCACCACGAUUGCCAUGGACCUUCACCAACAUCACACAAGAACUGAAGAAAGGAGAAUAUUGGGACCACACUGCGAAGGGCCCUUCAGCUGCGAAGAGGUCGUCAGUUGAGCCACAAGAGAUCGAAGAUCAUCCGACAGGCAGGAAAAGAUACAGUGACAAACUGCCACCACACCAUCAGGCACCACCUGACAACAUGGAGACAGACUUUGACAGCGACAAAGACCUACUUCAGGAGUUUCCUAAAUGGAACACCGAGGGAGUCAACACUGACAUGCCAAGAUUGACGAGGGCAGCUAGAAGUCGAAGUCCAAAGAAGGGUGGUAUCCAAAUGUUCACUGGCGCUCCCUGGAUAGAAGAAGUUGAAGAAAGCUUUUGGACACACACUGACUCAACAGUUUUUUGGAAUGAUGAAAAAGCCUGUGUGGAAGUCGAGUUUGACAUGCCACACAAUCAACGGUCAUGGAAGAGAUUUUUCAGGGACAGCGAGUCCUAUUUCAUCAGCGCUCUGAAGAGAAGGAGCAUCGAAGUUUCUGAACGUCAUUUGAGUCAAGAAGAACAUGAACAAUUCAAAGGAGCAAAAAGUAUUGAGGUAGAUCGUUUUAUUGCGGCAAAGGCCCUUGAGGCAAUUCCUGAAGGUCUACGACCAAACCGACAACAAGCUCUCAAAAUGCGAUGGGUUCUGACAUGGAAAAAGAAAGACGACGGAGGUGUUAAGCCCAAAGCCCGAGCAGUUGUGCUGGGGUACAUGGAUCCAGACUAUGCGAUGGGACUACAACGCCAAUCCAUCGUCAAGAUGAAGAAGGCCUGCUACGGCUUGGUGGAGGUUGGUGGGGUCAUGAUCACGGACUCACGAAAUGCCUAUGACCACUUGGACAAGCCUUAUAUCACCCCAAAAGGUAAAGAAAGGAGGGUCGACUUAGAAAUGCUGACUGUGAAAGAAUCACAAAACAGGACGGGACUCAAAGUGAGGUGGGUCAGCUCACAAGCGAUGUUGGCCAAUACCUUGACCAAGAAAGAUGAGGAUAUCCAAAUGAGCAAGUUUAUUCAGUUGGGACAACACUGGAGAAUUGUUCAUGAUGUCAACAUGUUUUCGGGAAAACGUAGGAUUCGAAAUGGCUUAAAUGUGCUGGAGUGA